AUGGUUUCAGUCUUAGUGCUGCAGGUCGCGCAGUCGCCGCUACAUAAUCUUUUGUUUAUGGGAAGCGUCCGAUCAGUUGUGGCUUGUUUAUCGCUAGCUGCUAUAGCGAGGAAGAUGACCGCCGCGGCGGGGCUGUGCGGGCCCGGGACCUCCGCUGCUGCGCCCGCGCUGCUCCGCCUGACUUCAGUCGCCGGUUACGAUCAAAACCGCGUAAAUGAUGUUCUGCUCCUAAGACCUGCCACGGAAACGCAGAGACGAUGCGACAAUGAAGCAGAGGACCUGCAGAAAGGAAACGAUCACGUAGUCUUCUUUCCUGGAGACAUUCAGAACUUUCAGCAGGAAAUGGCCCUCCAGCCUGACGCUACCCCAUGGCUGUCCUGGAGUCUGGAGCGUGUCGCCCUCACCCUGGGCCAUCGUUUCCCUGGCUGCCAUAUCUGGGUCGUCCGCGCAUCCCGAAUGUACCUACACAAGUUCAGCUGCUAUCAGAACUUUGUAGAGAGCAACCUAUUUGGAGCACCAGAACACUCUCCAGACUACGGAGCCAUUCGUCACCUGAGGGCACUCCUAGGUCACAGCAUGCAGCGGGCUGGCCUCCCAAACCCUUUACCCCCUCUUAGUGGUACAUCCACCCCUGGCCCCCUGCCUGCAGGUUUCACCCUCACCAUAGUGGGCUUCAGUAAAGGAUGCGUUGUUCUCAAUCAGAUAGUGUAUGAGCUGGCUGGAGCGCGAGCAGAUCCAGAACUGAGGCUGUUUCUGGACAGUGUUUCAGAUAUGUACUGGCUGGAUGGAGGACACCCUGGUGGCAGUGAGACCUGGGUGACCGAUAAGUGUGCUCUGGGCGAGCUGGUCUCCAGUGGGGUGGCUAUCCAUGCCCAUGUCACUCCAUAUGAGGUAUGUGACCCAAUGAGGGCGUGGGUUGGACGAGAGCACCGCCACUUUAUAAAGACUCUGGAGGAUCUGGGCGCUUGUCUUAGCCAGAAACUGCACUUCGAGGAUGAGCCGGCAUCCAUCGAAAAUCACUUCCGGGUGAUUCAGGAAUUCUGACUGUUCUCGAUCUGUGCUUUCACAAGUCUUAACAUGCAAUGUAUUCUUUGCAGAGCAGACAGCUUUGUAUUGCACUGAUAUAUCAGUUAGUCAAGAGCUUUGGGUUUCCAGGCUUUGAAAGAAUAACUGUAUGCUGCCUACAAAACACUCAUAAAAUACAAGAGAAGACUGAAGCUUAAUGACCAACCUUGUAAAACAUUUAGCUGCCUGAAAUUAAGCCUUAUUCGUUGCCUGUUGCAUCUAACUACAUCAGCUCUGUCUGAUAUAGUAUGAUAUUUCUUUCACAUAGUCUGUUUGGAAUGCGGAUAUGCUUGUAAAAUCAUCACCUCCCUUAUAUUCAAAGGGCUCUCAUUUCCCACAGCAUAGUAAAAAUCAAGAGAAAUCUGAAAGUGGUUAUUAUUAAUACAUUUCAUAUAUGUUGUUAAAUUAAAAACCAUGGAUUUUUAUUCAAGUAUGUAUCCGUUAUUACGUAUAGAUACUCUUGAAUGAAAAAAAAAAUGUAUUUCCUUUAGGAGUCUUGCUUAAGCAUAUAGUCUUACAUCAGUGGAUUUAUCAGAUGUUCAUGUUCAAUAUUUGGUGUUUAUUUUAUUUGAUAAUCAAAUACAAAAAUCUAAGGAUCUUCCAUUAGAAUCAAAUGUACAGAAUAUAUUUUUGGUUAGAUGGAAAAAACAAAACAAAUUUAAAAUAUUUUAUUUACUGACUUGUAGUGAAAUGCUUUAUUGACUGCUUGAUGGUUAGCAUCUAAAACGAUUCCAGUAUUGAAUCUCAGAAGACUCUAGGUGGCGCACUUUAUUUGGAUUGCUCUCUUGAAUGCAUUGUAUCACAUACAAAUGAAAGUGGAUUUUGCAACAUCCUCAAUGUAAUGCGAUGAAUGUACUUCCUGCUUCAUAGUCAUUCCAGGCUGAUUUAAUUCAAUAAAAAUGUUAAAAUGUU